AUGACAUCACCAAAUGAUUGGAUUGACAAAAAAAUAAAAGAUGAUGAUAUCAAUUAUUUCGAGUAUAAUGAAUUUAGCAAUAUGAAAAAUAUUGGUAAUGGAGCCUUCGGAAUAGUAAAUAGAGCUGAUUGGAAAAGUUGUAGAAGUAAAGUAGCAUUAAAAAUUCUUGCAAGCAAUUCUUCAAUCAAUGAAGAUAAUAUGAACAAGUUUCUUAAAGAGUUAAAGAAUUUAAGAAAGGUCAAUUUUCAUCCAAAUAUAAACCGGUGUUUUGGAAUUACCAAAGAGCCGUCAUCAAACAAUUAUAUUAUGGUAUUACACUACGCCAAUCAGGGAAAUUUAAGAGAAUAUUUAGAAAAUAACUUUGCUUCACUUCAAUGGAAAGACAAAAUUCAAAUGGCUUUGGAUAUUACAUUGGGAUUGAAGUGUUUGCAUUCUAGAGAAAUAAUUCAUAGAGAUUUGCAUGCAAAAAAUAUAUUAGUUAAUGAUAAUACAUUGAUGAUUGCGGACCUUGGAUUAUCCAAACAAACGACUGUCGAUGUUACGUCAAUUUCAAAAAUUUAUGGAAUGCCAGCAUAUGUCGAACCACAAUGUUAUAAAACUGACAACUAUGUUAGAAAUAAAAAGUCUGAUGUUUACAGUUUAGGUGUUCUUUUAUGGGAAAUUUCAAGUGGAUAUCCGCCUUUUUCAACCAUUCCAAUUCAAAUUUUAGGUUAUAAAAUCGCAAUGGGUUAUAGAGAACAGCCAAUAAUUGACACACCUUCAUCUUAUGUGGAUCUUUAUCAGAAAUGUUGGGAUGAUAAUCCAGAUUUAAGACCAACUAUUGAUGAUGUUUUUGAUAAAUUAAAUAAAAUUUCUUUAGAAUUUAACACCGAUAAUGAAGGCUAUUCGGAGAUUACUGAGAAUAAUAAUAAUAAUGAAACAGAAUCUCAAUCAUCAAAAUCAAGUGAUUUUCAAAUCAGUACACCAUUAUCAUCUGUUUCAUUUUAUAUUGAUAACGAAAGAAAAUCAUCCAUCUCAUCUGAUGUUAGUCAAACUGAAAAUCAAACUGAUAAACCUCCGCCAUCAUCAUCCGUUUCGUCUAACAUUAAUGAGGAUAAAAGCGUUAAUCAAACUGAAAAUCAAACUAAUACACCUCCGCCAUCAUCACCCGUUUCGUCUAACAUUAAUGAGGAUAAAAGCGUUAAUCAAACUGAAAAUCAAACCAAUACACCUCCACCAUCAUCACCCAUUUCAUCUAAAAAUAAUGAGAACGAAAAAAAAUCAAAUACUCUUUUAGAGGAAAUUUUUCAAGCAUAUUUAAAAUAUCACAAUAAUGGAUUUACAAAGAGUUUCGAUUUUUAUAAAUUUUUGGAAAAUCAUAAGGCAAAAUCACGCGAAAUUUUGAAUUAUUUUGCUAAUAAUCAAGCUACACAACAUUAUAAAGUGAUUAUUGGAUUUUUUCAUUAUAAAGGGUUUGGAGUCGAUAAAGAUUUGGAUAUGGCUUUUAAGUGGUAUACACAUGCAAGUCAGCAUAAUGUUAUAAAUGGUUAUUAUCAUGUUGGAAGGUGUUAUCAUUAUGGAUAUGGUAUUAAAAAAGAUCUCAAAAAAGCAUUUAAAUUUUAUCAAAUUGCUGCUAACAAUGGAUGUAAUAUAGCCUUAUAUUAUCUUGCAAAUUUUUAUGAAUAUGGUUAUGGUAUACAAAAAAAUAAUUUUAAAGCAUAUGAAUUAUAUAAAAAUUCUGCUAAAAAUGGAUUUAUACCCUCUCAAUAUUCUUUAGCUAUAUGUUAUGAAUAUGGAAUAGAUACUUUAGAUAAUCAAGUACCAGUAAAUAAAGGAAAGGCUUUAAAAUGGUAUAAAUUAUAUCAAGAAAAUGAUGGAAUACAUAAAGUAUCAGAAUAUAUUAGCAAUAUUAAAAAAGAAUUGGAACAAUAAGAAAAAACCCUAUAUAAAACGGUUGAUAUACAAUUUACUAGUCAACUUUUUUGUUUGAUACUGUGACUUCAUGCAUUAAAUAAGUAGUAUUAGAUUUUUUUUUGUUUCGUAAAAAUCUUAAAAUAUAUAUGUAUAUUAUCUAUAUUUUAUUAUUAUUUA